CAUAACAAGUAAUCUUCACAUACUCAUUUUAACAACUUAUAUAGUCUCAAACAAUCAAACCUUCAAGACUUUAACAUACUUCAUAUUUUGAUUUAAGAUCAAUGGCGGCCAUGGUUGACACCAACAUUUCUACUGUCCAAGGAAACACCAAAACCAGCAUUGUGCGUCCUAUUGCUAACUUUCCUCCUUCUUUAUGGGGUGAUCGUUUCCUAUCUUUCAACCUCGACAACUUGGAAUUGGAUGAUUAUGUUGCAGCCAUGAAAGAACCAACUGAUGAGAUACAAAGAUUAAUCGUUGAUUCAAACAUGGACUCAAAUGAGAAACUAUGUUUGAUCAACUGCGUGUCUCGUCUUGGUUUAAGCUAUCUUUUCAUCAAAGAUAUCGAGAUUCAACUUGAAAAGCUUUUCAAGGAGCUUAAUAUGGAAGAGUAUAAUGAAUUUGACCUCUACACAACUUCAGUGAACUUUCUUGUAUUUAGACAAUAUGGACACAAACUAUCUUGUGAUGUGUUUAACAAAUUCAAGGAUUUUAGCACCGGAAAAUUCAAGGAACACAUUAGAACCGAUGUGAAGGGCAUGUUGUGCUUUUAUGAAUGCACACAUUUAGGAAUACGGGGCGAAUCCAUUUUGGAUGAGGCCUUGGCAUUCACAGAAUCGCAUUUAAAGAGCGUGGUGGGUACACUUGAAGGGACUCUCGCAAAACAGGUGACACAAGGGCUGAAAUUCGCUUCUCAACGAGGAUUGCCGAUUGUAGAGGCAAGGCUGUAUUUCUCCAACUUUGAAGAAGAAUGUUCAAAAUACGAUCCACUGCCGAAGCUUGCAAAAGCACAUUUCAUUUACUUUCAACUGAUGCAAAAGGAGGAAUUGUCUAUACUCACAAAGUGGUCUAAGGACAUGAAUUUCCAAACGAUAGCUACAUAUACAAGAGAUAAAAUGCCGGAAUUGUACCUAUGGGUGUUAGCCGUAUUCUUAGAGCCUCGUCACGUUGAAGCCAGAUUCAUAACUACAAAAAUUGCACAGCUAGUGUUGGUGUUAGAUGAUACGUUCGAUGCAUAUGCAACUAUUGAAGAGCUCCGACUUCUUACUGAUGCCAUAAGCAGGUGGGAAAUUAGCUCUAUGGAGCAACUUCCAGAAUAUAUUAAACCAUUUUACCAAAUUCUGCUCAAUGAGUAUGCUGAAUGGGAGAAACAGCUUGCUAAAGAAGGAAGAGAAAAUGUGGUCCAUGCUUCAAAAAAAGCAUUUCAGGAUCUAGCUAGGAGUUAUCUUAGGGAAGCCGAGUGGAGACAUAGUGGAACUGUACCAUCAUUUCAAGAAUACUAUGAGAAUGGAUUGGUAACUUCUACCUACAAUCUUCUUGCAAAAUCUUGUUUGAUAGGCAUGGGCAAAAUUGUUGAUGAAGAAGCUUUAGCAUGGUAUGAAAGUCAUCAAAAAAUUCUUGAAGCCUCAGAACUAAUUGCAAGACUCCAUAAUGAUGUUGUAAGCUUUGAGUUUGAGCGUGAAAGAGAACAUAGAGCUACGGGUAUAGAUGCAUAUAUGAGGACUUUUAGGGUGACCGAAGAUGUAGCUGUCAAAGAACUCAAGGAAAUGAUUGACAAUGCAUGGAAAGACAUCAACGAGGGAUGUCUAAAGCCAACUAAAGUGUCAAUGGAAUUGCUCUAUCCAAUCCUUAAUCUUUCACGGGUGAUUUAUGUGGCCUAUAGGUUUAAUGAUGGGUUCACCUUCUCAGACUUGACUUUGAAAGACUACAUUAGUCUCUUAUUCGAGGCUUCUGUGCCCGUGUAAUCGUAAUCAAACCAUCUGAUCCAUUUUUUUUUUAUUAUUUCGAUUUCGUUUAUAAGGCGUUUGCCAGUAAAGGAUUGAAUAAGAUACCUUGUACGAAAUAUUAUUAUGAGUUUGAUUUAAUUAAUGAUAUGAUUCAGAUUAUGCAA